AAACACAGAGACCUGGGGAACUUUAUUUCAUUGUAUCAUGUGUUCUAUCAGUCUGAGGUCUUUAUACACGUCCAGUCUAAUUGUGAUCUUCUCCUCAGGUUCUGGAUCCACAGUAUGGGAUGUAUGUGUGGCCCAGUGCGGUGGUUUUGGCUCAAUAUCUAUGGAAACACAGAGAAGAGCUGAGAUCCAGGACGGUGCUGGAGCUCGGUGCUGGCGCCAGUCUUCCCGGCGUCGUGGCGGCUCGUUGUGGCGCGAAGGUGAUCCUGUCCGACAGCGAUACGAAGCCUCUGACUCUGCAGAACUGUAGGCGGAGCUGCGACGCCAACGGUCUGACAGAGGUCCAGGUCCUGGGUCUGACCUGGGGGGACAUCUCACCGGACCUGGUUCUGCUCCCAGAACUAGACCUCAUCCUGGGAUCAGACGUGUUCUACGAGCCCAAAGACUUUGAAGACGUUCUGGUGACAGUUGCGUUCCUGCUACAAAAAAACCCCAAGGCUCAGUUUUGGACGACGUACCAGGAAAGAAGCGCCGACUGGUCGAUCGAGGUGUUGCUCCACCGGUGGAACCUGAACUGUGUUGACAUCCAUCUGGAAACAUUCGAUGCUGAUAAACCAGACCUGGCAGGAUCGAGUCUACCAGGAAGUCACAGCAUCCAGAUGAUGAUCAUCACCCUGAAGAAGGACGACCAACGAACAUAACAGGAUCUGGGGGGGUGGGGGCUGUGGUGGGACGAAAACUCAAUGCAACAAAAACUUUCAUCACAGAACCAUCACAGAAGAUGGAUGGAGAUGAUGGAGAGUUUUUUUAACCUACAAGAACAUUCACAUUUGUCAUAUUUAAUUAAAAAAAAUCAUCAACAAACUGUUUUAGUAGUUUCAGUCUAUGUUGUGAAGAUGUUCAUCCAUGACCCUGUUCCAGAGCG